UUUUUGUUUUUUUUUUUGUUUUUUCCAGUCAUUGCUUACUGCAAGAGGUUUUCUGAGGUUCAGCAUCUUCAGUCAGCUCAUAAAUUUAACUAAAAGAAAGUUGAAUCCAACAUGGGUUUUCAAGCUCUUGUUAACCUUGCAUUGAUAUGCUUUCAUUCUCUUGCUUGGCCUCUCUUUGCUUUAGGGUAUCCUCUACGUGCUUCCAUUCAGGCAAUUGAGGCUAAUUCCAACACUGACACCAAGAAAUUAGUUACUUAUUGGAUUAUCUUCUCAUUGAUUUCCUUGUUCGAACAUGCUUUCAUGGGGAUCCUUCAAUGGCUUCCAUUUUGGCCAUAUAUGAAGCUAACCAUCGUCUGUUGGAUGAUGAUACCCCAUUUCGAUGGUGCCUUUUAUGUUUAUAAUCACUUUGUUCAUCCAUGUUUGUAUAUGGAUUUGCCAACUAUCAUUAACUGGUUCAAGAAGCAACAAGACUUGUUUUUGAAGGACAAUUUUCUUGUUGAAGUAGCUGAUGACUUUGUGAAGGCACAUGGACCAACAGAAGUUCAAGAGAAACUUAUUGCUAAUGAGCCAAAGGGGACUGAGACUAGCAUAUUGCAGAAAGGCAUAAAACCUGUGCAAAUAGCAGAGAAAUCGGAAGUUGCUCCGAUUCUGAAAACCGAUCCCAAUGUCAUUCAGACAGUGAACAAUACUACUGUUACACUUUCAGAAACUGUGGGAGAGGUGGGUCCCGAUUUACCCAAGAUAUCUUCAGAUAAGCAAGUUCAGAAGGAAUGGACUUGUGCUAUGUGUCAAGUGACAACCACGAGUGAGAAAACCUUGAAGAGUCAUUUGCAAGGAAGAAAACACAAAAACAAGUUAAUGCAAGCAAAUAACCAACCUUGUAAAGGCAAAGCUGGUUUGGCUUCAAAGGUAAAACAAUCUGAGGUUUCCCGCAAGGAACCCCAGAAAAAAGGUUCAAAGAAUUAUGAACCUCCCAAAGGCCAAAUGUCUGCUUCGUCAGCAGCAUGCAGCAAUGCAGUGAAUCCUAAAACCGAGAUGAGCAAAUCUAAUCUGCCAAAAGAAGAAUGGAAGAAGGUAAUACCAACAACUAAUAUGGUGGGAAAUCAUGUAAAAUCAAGUGAAAACGUACAAGGGCAGCAGCAACAGGUUGAGAAGGAACAUAAUAAGACUAAAAUACCUCAAUUUAGGUGUGCUAUAUGUAACAUAACCUGCGGUCGAUCAGAGGAUCUGAAUUCUCAUCUAUGGGGAAGGAAGCACUUAGCUAAACUGAAUAGUCUUGGAAGGGGUCAGCUUGCUUGAGUUAGUGUGUCUAAUCGAUCUUGAACUAUUUUACUGCUGUAAAGUUCAAAAACAGAGAUGGUUCCGAAGAUUGUUUGUCUCUUAGUUUACAGCAGCAUGUAAUAUAGCGGGCUAUAUAGUACAUAGUUUGUGAGGUUUCUUGUUAUCCAAUAUCAUCGUUCCAUCCAUCAGAGUUUGCGAAUGAUGAAUACAAAUUCUUAGAAACAUUAAAACUGUAAAAUGAUUUCGGGAUCAUUAUUUGAGUAUUACUAUUCAAGUUGGAAUUUGAAUUAAA